CACAGUUGUGGUUAGCUAGAAAAUGAUUCAUUGAUGUUCAAAAAGGUUAGUCAUAGAAUUACCGAUAAUGAAUAAUAUGUUUGAAAAAAGCAAUGGAAUAUGAAGCAAAAAAAUGCAACACAAGCGAAGUAUGUACUGAAGAAUUUAUAGUGGAAAAAAGAUACUUCGUAAAUCGAAUGUGAAAGCGCAUGAUUCGGAUUAUAGUUGUAACAUUAAAUCAAUCCAGAAUUAUUAUUGCUUCAAUACGUGAAAAAAAAACAAAGAUCCAGAAAACGUAAAAUAGGUCACAAAUUUGAAAUAGGACAAUAUCCAAACCAAACUAUGAAUAAUGAAUAGAUGUUGUGUCAAAUCGUAUAAAAUUACCUGGAAAAAGAUUUCAAACCAAAGCAUCACUAGUUUGUUGGUUUAACAAACACCAAUUUUAUAUUACACUUAACGAUCAAUCUAAUUUCCAGCAAUCAAUAGUCACAUGCAAAAACUGGCCAUGUGGGUGAUAACAUGAAAAAAAACUACUAAAUACAGCUAAAACGAAGAGGGAAAACUGUUUAUAAUCAGUUUCAAUUUUUAUGAGUAUGUUAAGAGCAGACGUGGAUCUCUAGCUACGUCUGCGGGACUAUCUUCUUUACUGGGCCUCUCCGAGCGGUAAGAGGAAACCAGCCCCGGGGAUUCGUUGCUUGAAUAAAAUGCUAAUGCAUACCAGUGAUUAUAACCGUGGAUAGGAACCCGUGUAUUAGGGAUGACUAUUUAUCAAUACGAGGAAAACCCCAAACUAAGAUAAUUUACACGAAUUCUAUACAAAAUUGCUAUGUUUAUACGUAAGACUGAUACCAGAUAUAAUUGAGAGAGAUUAACUAUCAGGAAUACAAAAUAACGUGGGGAAAAGGUAAGAAUGGAAGGAAAAAUAGAAAACUAAUUAAUUAUGAGCCAGGGGACUAUGACCGUAGGAAGAAGGACCGUGACUUUAAGAGCCUACCCCCAGGAGUUGCCAAGCUGCGAAGAGUCCGCCGUUGCCCCGUUCCGUUUCGGGAGAUGGUGCCCAGUGUGCCACAAAAACCCAGGCGAGGUCAGUUUAAACCGUUGAUUGUUCCUGGUGUGGUUCCUUUCCCCCUCCUCCAGCCCGUUGGGGUGUCGGUGCAGACGUCGUCAGUAGGAUCUCUUCCUGGGUAGUAAGGCGCACUGCCGUCGUUCCCUCCUCGGUGUGUAGCCGCGAUGGUGCACUUGCCCCCUUGAAGAUUUUGACUGGCUACCGAGGGUUCCGUUGUUCUUAACGAAACCUCGGUUUGCUGUUGAUGUGGGGGGUCGGUUGCCUAAUUUUGAUGGAUUUUUGCAACCCGCUGAUGUUGUAUUUUCCGCCUGGCUUGAAUGUUAAUUUUAUUUCUCACACAUAUAUUCGUGUAUCGUCGCUUGAACGCACGAAAUAACCACGUUUCUCCAUUCUUCUAUUAUGACCUCUAUUGUCUGUACACCGAAGGAUCGUUCAUGGAAAGUCCCUACGAGGCGUCGCAGGUGUUCUCGAUGAUUCUAAGAAAGAGGUAUCCUUGUUGGAAAUAUGUACCUGCGGAUAAAUCUUCGACCGCGAAAAUGUAAAGUUUUUCAUUUCCCAUUAUUGGAAUUAACAACAGACACAUCGGACAGGUGAGAAUGGUUUUCAUCUAGUUACUUAUUUGUAUUUCUCUCGCUCCUCCUACUUUUACCUCUCACCGAUCGUAAUAUUCGGUGAAGUGCUGAUUGGCUCUCCACUUUUGCAAGAGCCGCCUAUUAGGCCCACCGCCUACUAUAUUUAGGCUCAGAGCCAGUGUCGAUGACAAUCAGUUCGAUCGACACCACUGGAGAUGGUAACAAUUGGCGGUGAGUCGCAACAGUGUCGCAAAUGUGUGAUAUUUACAAGCGUUUGAUACAUCACUAUACUCGUAAGCGAAACAGAUACGGGGCAUGAAUGAUCAAAUCAAGAAUCCUUAGCGUGUUCGAAUUGGAUAUUGAACACGAUUUGCAGUCCCAAACAACAGGAAAAUGGUUUUUCGGCUGACUUCAAAAGAGAAAAUCGCAGCAUUCAUAAGAGUUGCGGGAGGUGGCUUGGUAAUAUUCAGCGGUGCGAACAUCUAUUCUGGAAAUGAAAAGUUCUAUGACAAUGUGGUGAUGCCACUCGUUCGCCUGAUUGAUCCAGAGACGGCACACAACCUCGCCAUAGCGGCAGCUAAGUUCGACUUCAUUUCCAAUGGGGCUUACGAUGAUCCCAUGAGAUUGAAGUCUACAGUAUGGGGAUUAAACUUCAGCAAUCCCUUGGGAAUAGCAGCUGGAUUCGAUAAACAGGGAGAAGCAGUUGAUGGCCUGCAUAAAAUUGGAUUUGGAUUUGUGGAAGUUGGAUCUGUAACGCCGGUGCCACAGGAGGGGAAUACAAAACCCAGAGUCUUCCGGCUGACUGAAGAUAAAGCUGUUAUUAAUAGGUAUGGAUUUAAUAGCGAUGGUCACCAAGCAGUUUUUGAUCGCUUACAGAAUACCAAAAGUCAUACAGACUUCACAGGAAUUAUUGGAGUCAACUUGGGCAAAAAUAAAACUACUCCCGACCACGUGCAAGAUUACAUAGAUGGCAUCGAAAAAUUUGCAGAGGUAGCCGAUUACUUUGUGAUCAACAUAUCUAGCCCCAAUACUCCCGGGCUGCGUGCCUUACAGGAUAAAAGCCAUCUGGAAGAAUUGAUAUCUAAGAUCAACAUGGCGUUUGAAGGGUUAGCUAGGAAGCCACCUUUGCUAGUUAAACUAGCUCCUGACUUGAGUGAACAAGAACGGCAAGAUAUAGCCGAUGUUAUCAAUUCAUCGAAAUGCAAGAUAGACGGACUAGUGAUAUCUAAUACUACCAUCCAACGGUCAAAUUUAACGAGUUUCCAUAGAGAAGAAACUGGCGGUCUUAGCGGAGCCCCACUGACGCACCUUUCGACUGCAAUGAUUGGAGACAUGUAUCGUAGGACUAAUGGGAAAGUACCGAUUAUAGGCGUUGGUGGUAUAUUCACUGGUGAAGAUGCUUAUCAAAAAAUCAAAGCUGGAGCAUCGUUAGUCCAAAUUUAUACAUCAUAUAUAUACCACGGCCCUCCAAUUGUGAAACGAAUAAAAAAAGAAUUGAACGAACUUUUAAUAAAGGAUGGGUACACCUCUGUGGUUGAUGCAAUCGGCAAGGAUUCCAUUGAGUCUAAAACCUAGUGAUCAAGUCUUAUUUCUAAUUCUCAUAUCUCAACUACAGCCAUGUACGAUUUACCCUGCAACUCAUUCUCGGCUACUAACAUCCGUACGACUGACAGAACUCCCAGACCUCGAAUGGUGUAUACAGGAAUCGAAUCACGAUGAUAUCUUCACGUACAUCUCACAUUCUGACGAAAGUGUAUUAAAAAAUAUGAAAUAUGUCGAUCAUAAGCCAUCGAGCGUCAUAAACAGAAUUUCAGGGAUGAAUAAAAUCUUACGAUUUGAGUCAAAUUGACGUGAGUUCGAAGAGAACUAUAAAUAUUGUAGAGACGCAUUUACAGAUGCAUUUACAAUUAGUCGUCUAUGUAUGUCUAUGUAUGGUCUGCAGAGAGUUUGAAAGAAUUCGAAUCAGGCAAUAGAAUCAAAUGGUCUUUAAUAUUUGUGCAAAGCUUGCUUGCUACAGUGACGAGUUAUAUGAUGUUAUAUAGGAGAAGUAUAUUUUGUUUUUCCCUUGCUUCUACACACCGCCAACAAAUUUGAUAUAGUGGACACUCGUGUGUACCAAGCGGCAGAUAUUUUUCAUUGUAUAUAUUUAUUUCUUUAUUGAAUUGCAAUAUGAUUGUAUUGUAAAAAAAAUGAGGAGUUCUUACAUAAUUAUACGAUAUAUGAUUAUGACUAAUGGGUACAUCUUUUAUGCGAUAUGAAAUAUCCUCUUUAUACACUAGGGUCUCGUGCUCGGGCCAGAUUAGUCCCGAAACCCCCGAUCCAUAUUCAUGUGAAAUAACCCACUCGCGUAUAUAUUAUAUUCAUUACAUAUUUCCCAUAAUUCCCACUGAAAAUAGGUAGUAUGCAUCUUUUCCAUUCGUUUUCGGAAGGAGUACCAGGCAUGCUAUUCUCACGCACGUGAGGACGAUGUAAAAAACGGUCCCCGCCGAUCGUCCCGCAGCACCCCGGUCGACGUAAAAUUCGAAGCAUUCUCUAUGAUUUCGACGACGUCGCACAACUUGACCCCUUAUUGUUCCACCAGGAAAACUGUAGCUCAGCUGAUUCCAAAGAUAUAACUUGAUUUUGAAUCUAACGUAAUUUUCGACAAAGUUAUGAUUUUUUGAAGUAAAAGCUGCUCAAUUCUUCGAUUGGUAAUAAUGAAUCGAAAUUCACACUAAUUCAAAAAUCCUCCGGCACGAAAUCCUAACUUACCGUGGACAAUCGAUAUGCCAAAUUGAGUAAAUAUUUGAGAGAUGACUGACCCAGUUCGGGUGGAAUGGCCGAUAUUUGAAACUGAAGUAUAUUGACUACAGACCUAAGAAGAAUAAAGUACUCUGACAUCGAUCGAAGAGUGUUAGUUAUGAUGAAUCGGUACAGUAGGUAUGAAAUAAAAAGAAAGAUAAUAGUUAACUUAUGAACAACUGCUGUACAAAGGGUUGAGAGAGUGAUGAACGUCAUACUUGAGUCACAUUCGGCGACCAGAACUCGAUCUAGCUAUUGAAGCAAGAUUCUUGUCAAAGAGACCUACGUUUUGGAAAGUUGUUUACCUUUCGAUUCGCUACAGCUCUCUUCCCCUAGUGGGAUCGCUUUUGGAAAGGUUUUUCGUGAGUGUUGUGCCAGGAGAAAGACUAGUUGGUUUCGGAUGAUGUGGAAGGGAGCUCCGGAUUUUUCAUCGUCAGUUUGCUCGAAGAUGGUCUCUGGGAAGGAACUCUUGGACUGUAGCAAUAGAACAAGUGCUGAUGAAUCUUUCAAAAUCAGUAUGCUCCUAGGACAAAGGAAUGUGUUGGUUGUGAUGAAGCGAUAUGAUAAGUACCAAUGGCAGGCAAACGUCGUCAUAGUUGGCUUACCGACAACUGCCGGGUGCGUGGCCAGUAAGUGAUUCAACUGCAGCUGACGACGCACCUCAUUGGACGUAAACCUUCUUUGUUUUGAAAAGUCUUCCACCGUUUCGGUCAUUUGGAACUUUUGUCGGCGGGUAGGAUUGGAGCGGAGCUUUUCGUUUGUGAAGUCCCAGAAGAGAAACCGAAUUCUUUCGUGACUUCACAUGGAAAGAGCCAAAGAAUUUGUUGAC